AUGCACAUGAUUUCAGGUCCGCUCAUGAAGGAGCCGUGCUUUCGAUGUAAACGGCCUACCUACUUCAAUGACAAGGUAGGUCCGCUGAAAGACGGUGCCCUCUUCCAUAAAGGUUGCUUCAAGUGUUGGAUAUGUGGAACAAGACUAUCACUGAAGACUUAUCACAAUAACCGCAACGAUACACAAGACUUAGAGGUUUACUGCGCUGGACACGUACCCACACCUGGCCCACAUGAUCCUAUUCCACACAGAUCAAACUUGUUAUUCUCUCCAAAGACGAAGGGUGAAUACCCGCACAAUUUGAUGAGGCCGGCUGGACCUACAUAGUUUGAAAAGAUUUCUUUCUUUUUCUUCACUCAAUAGUAACUUCUUGAUCAUGUAUAAUUGAUUUUUCACCUGCCAAAUAUUCGUCCACAGAAAUAAUUGUAAGAAAGAAAUAAAGAGAUACCAAGUGCCU